AUGUUUAGCGAAAAAGCCCCUUUCGGCAUUCCCAAUCUUUAUAAUGCAUCCCUUCGAUCCGAGUUGAGGAAAAUUGCUGCAGGAAAAACAUUUAUUGUAACACCAGACGAAAAUAGAAAAAUUUUAGAUACAGUAGUUUCUGUUCGUGAUUCAUACAUCGUUGUCGCUACAAUUUUGAUGUUAAUUGAUGAAAAUGCAUCACAUUCUCUACCUGUUUUUAAACUUCUUGUCAUUUUAAUGAAUGGCUUGCAUCAAAACAGAUAUGAAUUCGUCGAAGCAGCAAAAACAUUUUCUAAAGAAAUUCGAUCCAUUUUGUUCUUAAACUUUGGAGAUCCAGCAGAUAUUUAUCGUGAACAAAUACAUUACAUGAUACAAGCUAUAUAUCACCAUAUUGUUUACUCAACUAAACUCCCCACAGUAGAAUCAUGUACUAAAGCUUCUCAGCUUCCUGAACCGCCAAAAUCACCUCAAUCUUCUAAGGAUGGAGUUGUAGCACCAAAAGAACCUGAAGAAGAAGAUGAUGAAGAACUUUCAUUCGAUCUUAAGUCAAUGUCUAAUGAUAGAUCACUCAAGAACUCAUUUAAUCCGUUUUCAAGUACUCAUGAUUUAAUUUCAUUCGGACAGCCACAGCAAAACAUAACGCAAGAUCCAUUUGUUCCUCCACCAGAAAUAAUUCCCGAAAAAAAUAUCGAUCAAGUCCUUAUAAGCUCUAUCAAAGUCCAAGAAGAAGAAAAACCAACAGAAGGGCUGAAGAAUCCUAGAGAUUUAUAUCUUGUGACCGAAUUCCAACUUGAAAAGAGACCUCAGUACGAUGAUACUAUUGAGAGUUACUAA